CGUGCUUGCCUUUUAAUGAACUGCAGCACAACAAAGGCCAGCGGUGCGGUCCAGCCUGAGAGAGACCCUCUGCAGCAAGUGAGCUGGGAAGCCCACCAGCAAACCAACAUGCCUCCAAAGAAGCCUGAACCUAAGAAGGCCGAACCUAAGAAGGAAGAACCCAAACCAGCGCCUAAACCAGCAGAACCAGAACCCAAAAAAGAAGUUGAAUUUAACCCAGCUUCUAUCAAAGUUGAAUUCACCCCCGAUCAGAUUGAAGAAUUUAAGGAAGCGUUCUCACUUUUCGACCGGACUCCUAAAUCUGAGAUGAAAAUCACAUAUGCACAGUGCGGAGAUGUCCUGAGAGCUUUGGGGCAAAAUCCAACCCAGGCUGAGGUCAUGAAAGUGCUUGGCAGACCCAAACCAGAAGACAUGAACUCCAAGAUGAUCGACUUUGAGACUUUCUUGCCCAUGCUCCAGCAUAUUGCCAAGACAAAAGACACAGGCACCUAUGAGGACUUUGUGGAAGGUCUGCGCGUGUUCGACAAGGAGGGGAAUGGAACAGUGAUGGGGGCUGAACUCCGCCACGUUUUGGCUACACUGGGUGAGAGGUUGACUGAAGAGGAAGUCGAUAAGCUAAUGGCUGGUCAGGAAGACGCCAAUGGCUGUAUUAACUAUGAAGCUUUUGUGAAACACAUCAUGGCUAACUGAAUGCCAGGACAAGAUAGGCGCCGAGGACCCCAGAUGCUGGCUUUGGAUUUUGAUGUAAUGGAAUGUCUUCUCAUUUUUCAGCCCGGAUUCCCAUUACAGAGCUACAAAAUGUGCUGUCCCUAAAGUUAUUUGGAAAAAUGUUUUUUUGUUUGUUUUGUCUUGUUUCUUCAUGGGAAGAGGGCAGCCUCUGUGGAGAUGCAAUAUGCUCAGGAAACUGAAGAAACUGGAAUGUGAACUAUGAAUACCUGGGCAUUGUAAUUUUUUUCUGAUACGGAACAUAAACAGCAAUACAAAAUUGUUAAGCAAGAGGGAAGAAAAAGAGAGUAAUUUUUUUCAUGACUAAAUCAAUCAAAAAAUGUAUUUGUCAUUUAUCCAUAUCCUUCCCUCCCCUCCCCUCUUCCUUCCAAAACAACUGGACCCUUCUCUUUCUGUUUAUUGCAUUUGUAAAAAACAGCUGUAAGAGAGUAAGGGAGAAAAGAAAAUAAACCAGUGGUAUAAAUCUCAUGUAUGCAAACAAUACUCUUAGUCUUUAGAGAAAAGCAGUAAAAUUAGAAUGCCCAGCAAUCAGCAACAAACACAACCUUGUUCACGUUUCUCAACUUUGGAAGAUACCACCAUUAACAUAUAAGAUGUAAAAGAAAAAAAACAAAGCAAAACAGUAGUGUACACAAUGUUUGCUAAAAUGCAUCUCUUCUCCACAAAGAUUACUUCCCAUUCCAACAGUCUGACCUAUGAAACAAAUAAAAAGUCUUUCCCAAUGAAAACUGGAAGUUGUUCUAAUAUACGUAUCUUGGUCAUGCAGCUUUUCGUAGUAAAACAUGGGAUUCUUUGUCA